UUUUUUUAAUCUCGGUGCUUUCCCGGCAUAUUAUCAUCUUUUAUUAAAGUGUAUACCAGUAUUUGUCUUUAAUAAAUUUUUGCCCGAAAACUUUUUCGAUCUUGCGUUUGUUUGCAUAUUUAGAGGAAUAUGUCGGAUUACCAACGAAGCAAUAUCCUAGUUAGGAGUAGAAGACCAAUCGCGGAUCCUAUCUCUACGCCGACACCACCUUUAGAAAGUUUAGACGGGGAAGAGGCGUAUGAAGAAAGCUCAAGUUCAAUAAACACUAGUGGAAAAAUGUCUAACGAAUCUUCAUAUGAAAAUGAGAGUUUUAAAGUAAAUACUAGAGACCGAAGAGGCAUCAGUCCGCCAGAUAUUUUAGGACAAAAAUCCAACAAAAAGGUUGGACCUCAUGUAAAACCCAGAUAUGUUGGGGAAGGUGCAACACCAAAAAAUGGUUUUGAUUGUUCGGUAUUAAUAUGGCCUAUAGCAGUUGUUGUAGUACUUUUUGGCCUCAUCAUUGGAUUUGUGAACAUAGACAAUAAAAGUGAUUGCACAUUUGAAGAGUUAAGUCAGAAAUAUUACAAACAGAAUGGGAAAAUAUGGGAUACACUUUCCAGUGGAAUAAAUAACAUUAAAAAUAAGCAAUCAAAACAAUCUGGGGUAUAUCUUUUUGUUGCCGAAAAUGGCAGUAAAAUGGAAAAAAUUGUUAAAAGUAUUGCAGAGCACACAUCAAAAUGUUUUGAUGAAAAGUUUAGAUUAAUUGAAAUGACGGAAGAUGACUUCACAUCGCAGAACACAAUUGAAGACUAUGGCAAUGUUAUAGAGAAAUUCAAAGAAAAACUUGAGAAAGGACGUGUUGCACUAAUCGUAAAUUUAAAUAAGAUUCCAGCCGAGUCAGCACGUGCUUUGCAUUUCAUAUGUGAUACAUACAAUCCAGUUGCUGCUGAUAUUGUUAUAUACCUCACUUUGGUUGUACCUUCAACCAUGCAUAAACCAACACAGGCUGCUCAGAAUAUGUUAACCGAUCUUUGGGGUUCGAAAUUGAAAAAGAGUGAAUUAGAUCCUUUAAUAACACGCGUCACGGACGAAGUCAUAGCUAUAAAGUAAUGUUUUAAAAUAUUUAUUAAUUUGUAAUUUGUAUGUAAAAGUGAACCGGAUAUAUUUCGAAAGUUUAUUUUCAAUAAAAUCGCUGUUUGACCAGAUGGUCUAUUCAUAUAU